GCGUCGCACUGCAUACAACAUUGAGCCGUCACCGGGGUAGCACGUAUCCGAAGCACAGCUCACGCUGCGAUUUAAUCUCUGCCAGCAAUCAAAUCAGCGUUGGUGAGAAUGUUUUGAAGACCCAGUGACUCCACCAAACAAAGUGCUACCGACAAUUGUUCUUCAAGAUGAGGUGCUUAUUUAUAGCGUUCCUCGUGUGCUGCAGUUUGCUGGUUGCUGAAACUCGUUUCGUUUGCCACUACACAACAUGGUCUCGCGAUCGUCCGGACGAAGCUUCGUUCCAGAUCAAUGACAUCCCGGGCAACCUUUGUUCGCACGUCGUGUACAACUUCCUUGGUGUGAACGAGACCUCGUACCAGCUGGAACUGCUCCAGCCGGAGUAUGACAUCGACGAGCGAGGCCUGGAACGGUUCGCUGCGCUGAAAGAUCAGUAUCCUCACCUGAAGCUGCUGAUAGCCGUCGGUGGAUGGGCGCAUGGUGGGGCGAGGUUCAGCGAGAUGGCCAAGUUUCGCACGCGCCGCAAUCAAUUCAUCGGAAGCGUCGUGAAGUUCCUGCAUCAGUACCGGCUCGAUGGCAUUGAGCUGGUAUGGCUGUACCCGGGAAACUUUGAUCGGGGCGGUGCAGUCGAAGACAAGGACACCUUCCUCUAUCUGGUCUCGGAGCUGGCCAAGGUCAUACGGGAUGAGAAAAAGCAGUGGGAAGUGGUGAUACAGGUCCCGAUCGAUAUAUCGCGUAUGGCGGUUGGCUAUCAUCAGGAGGAGUUGUGCAACGCUGCCGACUACGUGCACAUGGUGGGGUACGAUAUGCGCGGCUGGUGGAACAACUUUGCCGACGUGCACAGUCCGUUAGCGCCGCGGCCAAACGAUCUGGUGCUGGAAAGCUUCGAGCACGUGAACGUCGGUGAUGGUGUGCAGGAUUGGCUCGAGAAGGGUUGCCCACCGGAGAAGGUAACGCUCGGGGUCGCUCUGUUCGGUCGGACGUAUCUGCUGGACGAUCCGCUCGAUAACACGAUCGGUGCCGUAACGAUCGGUGCCGGUGAUCCGGGCCCGUACAGUAACGAACCGGGCUACCUGGGAUACUGUGAGUUUUGCCAGAAUCUUACCAGCGACGAGUGGACGAAGAAGUGGGACGAUGUGGGCCUGUGCCCGUACGCGUACUCCGAAACGACCUGGAUCGGGUACGAGAAUGAACGCUCGCUGCAGGAAAAGAUUAACUACGUGAAGCGCAAGGGUCUCGGCGGUAUGUACGCGUUCUCGCUCGAUCUAGACGACUACCGAGGAUCUUGCGGUGAACCGUUUCCGCUCACCAGAUUUCUCUCCAAGUAUCACGACGAAACGAAGAUCAAAGAUUGGCACAUUUUCGUGUCUACCACCGAGAAGAAGGACAUAAAUGCUGGCGAUACGGUAUGACCGAAAAUCAUUAUCAGUAUGUAACGGUGCGUAAGAUAGAUGUUACAAAUAAAAGUCAUAACCGUCUAACUAAAGUGUCGGUA